CUCCUCUUCUCUCUUCUUUUCUCUUCUCAAACAGAAAGUUGAUAUCCCCCAGAAUUUUUGACUCGCCGUUCACAGACCUAUAUGUUCGGCAAGUUGUAUUAGCUGGGCAGACGGACGCACACGUCCUCCUCAAGAGCGCACGAGAGGCCAGCCUAUGAUCUUAAGUCGCCCCGUAAGGACGUUACAUUCUUUCACCUCUUCACCAGCCACGAUGAGUGCAUAAAGUCACUACCUUCGACCCUGAAAUCCCUGCGCAUUGUCCUUCUACCUCCUCCAAACCUGAAUUCCAUCCUAGACCCAUGCCACCAUCUUGGCGAGAUGGUCUCGUCAACGCCUUUCCGAUCCCACAGGAUCGAAAGAAGACAAAAAGGGCUCUGAAGCAGGAACUCAAUAAUGAUAACAUACCUACCACUGUUAUGGAAUCUGUUGAAGAUGUCCCCUUGGGCAAACCGUUCCCCUUCUUCGAGCUACCCGCAGAAAUCCGUAAUCGGAUUUACCGCUUCGUCCUGUUCAGCAAACCAGGAUAUCGAGGGGCUGAUGGCAGGAAAAAAAGCCGGACCUCUGUGCUUGCUGUUAACAAGAAGAUGCACCAGGAAGCAUCGUACAUUCUGUACAGCUCGCGGACUUUCCGCAUCUUUCCGCUCCAGGAUUUUACCCCAGUUCCUACCAUUCAGGAACUACGACCCAUGUACCGAGCCAUGGUUACAAAAUUGGAACUUGUGGUAGGAUCAAGCUGGACCAGCCCGCCCAAGAGCUGGAGGGUCAGCAAGCUACUCGCAAAACGACUAGGGAAACUGGAAGCAGUACAGACGCUCAAUGUCUUCGUUGAACUAGACCCCAGUCUUCCCAUGUUUGAGAAGUAUCGAAUCUCGUUUGACUUCUAUACCGACUUUUGUGGCAACCUGCUUCGCGAUGUUUUGAUUGCUAUGCCUCAUGUCAAAGCUUUGAUGAUUGAUGGAAAUCCCGGUAUUGAUUCGACGGGGCCUCUCGUCUCUCGCCUCCUGGCCGAGGCGGAGAGCAAAGGGAAAAUUUGUACAUUAGGAGCUACGAAGACAAUUGCAACGCCAGCGGGACUGAAGCCCGUUUUCUGGCAAUGAUUCAGGGUUUAAUGGAUUAUGAAUACAAUGAUUGACGAGGAAUA